GCGGGACUCGGCUGUGGUUACUUUGUGUCCGGAUUCGGGGAGGAGAAACAAUGUGGAGCCGAGUGAUUGGGGCAAUUGGCUCCAUUCUGAGGUCGUUGCUUGACUUCAUUUUGAACCUACUUCAGCUCAAAGUUAAGGGUCCACCAGUCACACUUGAGGACCCAAAUACGAAGUAUCCGCUGAGGUUGAUCGAUAAAGAGAUUGUUUCCCGUGACACCCGGAGAUUCCGCUUUGCCCUUCCUUCUCCAGAGCAUAUCUUAGGCCUGCCAGUUGGGCAACAUAUCUACUUAUCAGCAAAGAUUAAUGGAGAACUUGUGGUCAGGCCAUACACCCCUGUCUCCAGUGACGAUGAUAAGGGCUAUGUGGAUUUGGUCGUCAAGAUUUACUUUAAAGGUGUUCACCCCAAGUUCCCUGAAGGGGGUAAGAUGUCCCAGUACCUGGAGAGUUUGAGACUGCAAGAUGUGAUUGAUUUCAGAGGGCCCAGUGGAUUGCUUGUCUACAAGGGAAAAGGUAAGUGAGAGAUUCCACUUCGUUCUCCCAGAUU